GUUGGUUGGUUGUGCUCUCGGACUGGCGGUGAAAUUGUUGCGUUAGCUGCAGAGCUAAUUCCUCAGUUUGUAAACGGCAAAGUUUCAGUCCAAUGGGAGACAGCGAUGACGAGUUCGACCGGAGGAGGCGGGACAAGUUCAGGAGAGAGAGGAGCGACAUGGAGCGGUCGAGAGAGAGAGAGGAGAGGAGGAGGGACGACUGGCCCGACAGGGACUGGGACCGCGGCAGAGAGCGGAGGAGGGACUACGAUCGUGGUCGCAGAGAGAGGUUUUCUCCGCCCAGACACAUCAGCCCUCAGCACAAACGCAUGAGGAGAGACUGGGACGACCACCGGGGGGAGCCGUACCGCUACGACCUGCCGUAUGGAGGAGGAGGGGCUCCGUUUCCAGGGGCGGGGCCUCAGGGCUGGCACCCCGACCUUCCCCAUCUUCACCCACACCAUGGAGGUCACCCACUGCAGGGCAGGUUGGGGAUGGUGGAUCCAGACCUCCCUCCUCCUGGUCCCCCCACCAUGAGGAGCUUUAAGGAGUUUCUGUUGAACAUGGAGGACAGCGUUGACGAGACGGAGGCGGUGAAGCGCUACAAUCAGUACAAACUGGACUUCAGGCGGCAGCAGCUGCAGGACUUCUUCCUCCAACACAAAGACCAGGAGUGGUUCCGCUCAAAGUACCACCCCGAUGACAUCACGGCGAGGAAGGCGGAGUCUCUGGCCGCCCUCAAAACGCGGCUCGGCGUCUUCCUCUUCCUGCUGGACAACAAUUGGCUGGAUAACGUGUCGCUGGACAUGGACCACGGUCCCACCAUCAUCAAACUCCUGGAUGCAGCUGUAAUAAAGAUGGAGGGAGGGACAGACUUUGACCUGCAGGUCCUGGAGGCACCGACUGCUCCUGCAGCGGCCGGCGGGGAGGCGACCAGCAGAGCAGCAGCAGGAGGAGGAGGAGCAGAGAAGAGUCAGGGGGAUCCCAGCGGAGGAAAUGUGAGCAGUCAGACUGGAUCAGAGCCGACGGGGAGUCGGACAGAGGCGACGACCAGCGGAGAGACGGGCGAGAUUAAAGACUGUAACAAGGACUGUGACGAGGAGGCCAAGCAGAACGGAGGGGAGGAGAAGGACGAGGGGGAGGAAGAGGAGGAGAAGAAAGAGGAAGAGGAGGAGAAGACCAAGAAAGGCAGGAAGAGGAAACGCAGCAUGUCAGCUGACAGCGGGGAGGGCAGCGCCUCCGACUCUGACUCCUCCCACUCGGAGGACGGAGAGAAGGAGGAAGAUGACGAGAAGGAGGAGGAGGAGGAGGACAGAGAGGACGAGCGCCGUAAAGAGCGAGGGAAGGAGAGGGAGAAAGAGGCUCCGGCGAAGCCCCGCCCCCUCCACCUCACCACCUCCCUGUUCAUCAGGAGUAUCCCGCCAGAAGUGUCCAAGGAGGAGAUCACUGCUUUGUGUCGCAGGUACCCGGGCUUCCUGCGGGUGGCGCUGUCGGACCCUCAGCCAGAGAGGAGGUUCUUCAGGCGGUGUUGGGUGACGUUCGACCGCAGUGUGAACAUCAAGGAGACGUGCUGGAACCUUCAGAACAUCAGGCUCAGAGACUGUGAACUGUCCCCGGUGGUCAACAGAGAUCUGUGUCGGCGUGUUCGCAGCGUCAACGGUCUGACGCACCACAAACCGGUGGUGAGGAACGACAUCCGGCUGUCGGCCCGGCUCGUCCACAGUCUGGACCAGAGGGGGGAGCUGUGGGCCGGACAGAUGGAGACCAACCCCGUUCUGAAGAACAUCACAGAUUACCUGAUAGAGGAGGUGAGCGCCGAGGAGGAGGAGCUGACAGGUGCCUCCGGGGGCAACAGUGCUGAUGCAGGUGAUGCCAAAGACCCCACCUCCUCCUCUGAGGUUACCGUGGAAACCGAUGACAAGCUGCUGAAGGUGCUGGACAGACUGCUGCUCUACCUGCGUCUGGUUCACUCUGUAGAUUAUUAUAACUUCUGUGAGUAUCCUGCUGAGGACGAGAUGCCUCAUCGCUGUGGCCUGAUCCACGUACGAGGACCUUUACCUGUGGCCAAGAUCACUGCAGCCGAGGUGAGUGAACAUCAGAAGAUGUGUGAGGAGCGUCUGUCUCCUCUGCUGUCGCCUUCAGAGACUCUGAGUGAAGAAGAAGCUGCAAGACUAGGGAAGAAAGACCCGGAACAAGAGGUGGAGAAGUUCCUGUCAGCCAACACUCAGGAGCUCAGUAAAGACAAGUGGCUCUGUCCUCUGAGUGGGAAGAAGUUCAAGGCUCCAGAGUUUGUGCGUAAACACAUCCUGAACAAACACGCUGAGAAGGUCGCCGCUGUCAGACAGGAAGUCGAGUUCUUCAACAACUUCCUGCUGGACGCCAAGAGACCCGCCCUACCUGAGAACAAGCCCCUCCUACCGCCAGCACAAGCCACACCCCCUGGCGUACCUGGAUUUCCUGGUCAGUCACCUCAACAGCAAAGCCUUCUGGGAUAUCCACCUGGAGUCAGACCUCCCAUGCCCGGCUUCCCUGGCGGAGGGCCUCCCUACCCCCCCAACCAGUUUGGGGCAGGCCGCGGUAACUACGACAACUUCAGGGGUCAUCUAGGAGGAGGAGGAGGAGGGUUUCCCGGGAAACAACGAAACAGCAGGGGCGUGCGAGGGGACCCUCGGACGAUCAUCGAGUACAGAGACCUCGACGCUCCGGACGACCUCGACUUCUUUUGAACACAAUGAAGUGAAACAGGAUGUUUUUUAAAACUUUUUUAUUCCUACAUUUCCCAUGAUUCCUUUCAUCUUCCCUCCAUCACUUGCUUGUCUUUUGUUUUUUUUAGUUAGGACAGAAAUUGUGAAACAUACAGAAAAUGUGUGUGUGUGUGUGUGUGUGUGUGUGUGUGUUUGCGCGCGUGUGCGCGCGUGUGUGAGAGGACCAAUGUUACUGUCAUUCGUUAGUGAUGAUGUGAUUCGUUCCACUUUCCAAUAAAGAUCAAUAGAG